AUUGCUCUGCCUUAGUUAUAUAUCGUAGUUUUAAGAUGUGGGGUUUCCUUCUGAAUUAAAGUACAUCACACUGUUAUAUAAAAUGGGAAUGUUUUGAGUAGUUAUGAUGAGAAAUGUAGGCUUUCAUGCUAAUUUUAAAGUUAUAAAUAACUUUCAAACCAGUGCCAGGAGAAGCUAGUAGCCAAGGUCGUGCUUUGCAUUUAGAGAGUUUCUGGCUAUAAAAAGCCGAUUGCAAUACUGUGCAGGAAAAGAUAAGAUACGGCCUGGAUGCUUGUGCUUUGGCAUGGGGCUGGGGCAAAAGAAAGCAAAGAUAGAAAAUGUUUGAAGGGAUUUUACUUUCAACCAAAAGCUUGUUCACAGUAAAUGGAAGAUUUUUCAAAUGAGAUAGUGGCAAAAACAUUAAUUCCUAAAUUUAAUAUUUCUCUCAUGUAUUUGUUUUAUAAUUGGCAGUAAUAUUAAGAGGUUGAGUUCUCUCAGAACUGUUUUACCAUCAUUUAUAAUCAAAUAAAAAUCACACUAUGUGGAAUGUAAUAAUCAAUACUGUAAAGAGAAUGUAAAGGGGGUCUGAGUGACUGAACAAUUGCUCUCCGUUGCACUGAGGACAGAACUGGAAGGAAUGAGUUCAAAUAGAAACCAGAAGAAAUUUAGUUUAGGCAUCAGAAGUUUAUCAGUUGUACAAGUUUUGAGUCACCGAUAUACACCACUAAGAAAGCCUGUUACAGUGUCUUUGAAGAUACAUGAAAUCCAACGAUUUGCUUACAACACACAAGCAGCAUGUCAGCUGAAACACCAAUCACACUGAAUAUUGAUCCUCAGGAUCUGCAGGUCCAAACAUUCACUGUAGAGAAGCUACUGGAACCUCUCAUAAUCCAGGUUACUACACUUGUAAAUUGUCCCCAGAAUCCUUCUAACAGGAAAAAAGGAUGUUCAAAAAGAGCCAGAGUCCUUCUAGCUUCUGUGGAGGAAGCAACUUGGAAUUUAUUAGACAAGGGAGAGAAGAUUGCCCAGGAAGCCACAGUUUUAAAGGAAGAGCUUACUACUGUACUUGAGGAAGUUCGCAAAGAAAGUGAAGCUCUGAAAGUAUCAGCUGAGAGAUUUGCAGAUGACCCCUGUUAUCUCCCAAAAAGGGAGGCUGUGGUUCAGGCUGCCCGUGCCUUGUUGGCUGCAGUUACCAGACUCCUUAUCCUCGCAGACAUGAUUGAUGUCAUGUGUCUCUUACAGCACGUGUCAGCUUUUCAAAGAACAUUUGAGUCUCUUAAAAACGUUUCCAAUAAAUCUGACCUCCAGAAAACCUACCAGAAGCUUGGGAAGGAGCUGGAAAAUCUGGAUUAUUUAGCCUUCAAACGUCAGCAGGACUUAAAAUCUCCAAAUCAGAGGGAUGAAAUUGCAGGGGCCCGGGCCUCUCUGAAGGAAAACUCCCCGCUCUUGCAUUCAAUUUGUUCAGCUUGUUUGGAACAUUCUGAUGUUGCUUCCCUUAAAGCCAGCAAGGACACAGUUUGUGAAGAAAUUCACAAUGCCCUCAAUGUAAUUUCAAAUGCUUCACAAGGCAUCCAGAAUACGAUUGCCCCACCGGAAUCUAAGGCAGCCACCCUGGGAAGUGCCCUUGAUGAGCUUGAGAAUUUAAUUAUCUUGGAUCCACUCACAGUGACUGAGGAAGAAAUAAGACCAUCACUAGAAAAACGUCUUGAAGCCAUUAUCAGUGGGGCUGCACUGUUGGCUGACUCUUCCUGCACAAGAGAUUUCCAUCGGGAACGGAUUAUCGCAGAAUGCAAUGCCAUUCGUCAGGCUCUCCAGGACCUGCUUUCAGAGUACAUGAACAAUACUGGAAAAAAGGAAAGGAGUAAUACCCUGAAUAUUGCAAUAGACAAUAUGUGCAAGAAGACAAGAGACCUUCGCAGACAGCUCCGUAAGGCUAUUAUAGAUCAUGUGUCAGACUCCUUUUUGGAUACAACGGUCCCACUUUUGGUUCUCAUUGAAGCUGCCAAGAAUGGCCGGGAAAAGGAAAUAAAAGAAUAUGCUUCGAUAUUUCGUGAGCACACCAGCAGGCUUAUAGAGGUGGCAAAUCUUGCUUGUUCCAUGUCAACAAAUGAAGAUGGGAUUAAAAUUGUUAAAGUUGCGGCCAAUCACCUGGAAACCUUGUGUCCACAGAUCAUUAAUGCUGCACUUGCUUUGGCUGCAAGACCCAAAAGUCAAGUGGUCAAAAAAAACAUGGAAAUGUACAAGCACACAUGGGAGAAUCAUAUCCACGUCCUCACCGAAGCUGUAGAUGACAUCACAAGCAUUGAUGACUUCCUCGCUGUAUCUGAGAGCCAUAUCCUAGAAGAUGUCAACAAAUGUAUCAUAGCCUUGAGAGACCAGGAUGCUGAUAACUUAGACCGUGCUGCAGGUGCCAUCAGAGGACGGGCAGCAAGACUUGCUCAUAUUGUCACAGGUGAAAUGGACAGUUAUGAGCCAGGAGCUUACACUGAAGGUGUGAUGAGAAAUGUUAACUUCCUUACAAGUACUGCAAUUCCUGAGUUUGUAACACAAGUGAAUGUUGCCUUGGAAGCCUUAAGUAAAAACUCUUUGGAUGUAUUUGAUGAUGAUCAAUUUGUGGACAUCUCAAAGAAGAUCUAUGAUACAAUCCACGAUAUCAGAUGUUCAGUCAUGAUGAUUCGGACCCCAGAGGAACUGGAGGAUGUUUCUGACUUGGAAGAGGAACAUGAGGUGCGCAGUCACACCAGCAUUCAGACUGAAGGGAAAACUGACCGGGCUAAGAUGACUCAGUUGCCUGAGUCAGAAAAGGAAAAGAUUGCUGAGCAAGUUGCUGAUUUCAAGAAAGUAAAGAGUAAACUGGAUGCUGAGAUUGAAAUAUGGGAUGAUACAAGCAAUGAUAUCAUUGUUCUGGCUAAGAAGAUGUGUAUGAUUAUGAUGGAGAUGACAGACUUCACAAGGGGCAAAGGACCACUAAAACAUACAACUGAUGUGAUUUAUGCCGCUAAAAUGAUAUCAGAAUCGGGAUCAAGGAUGGAUGUCCUUGCUCGGCAGAUUGCCAACCAGUGUCCAGAUCCAUCAUGCAAACAAGAUUUGUUGGCCUACUUGGAACAGAUUAAGUUUUACUCUCACCAACUGAAAAUCUGCAGUCAAGUUAAAGCUGAGAUCCAGAACUUAGGAGGAGAGCUCAUCAUGUCAGCUUUGGACAGCGUCACCUCCCUGAUCCAAGCGGCCAAAAAUUUAAUGAAUGCUGUAGUGCAAACAGUGAAAAUGUCUUACAUUGCCUCAACCAAGAUCAUCCGAAUUCAGAGUCCUACUGGGCCUCGGCACCCAGUUGUGAUGUGGAGAAUGAAGGCUCCUGCAAAAAAGCCCUUGAUUAAAAGAGAGAAGCCAGAGGAAACUUGUGCAGCUGUCAGACGAGGCUCAGCAAAGAAAAAAAUCCACCCAGUGCAAGUCAUGAGUGAAUUUAGAGGAAGACAUGUCUACUGAAACCACUCUUCUACUCUGGUGUCCAUAUUACAAAGUCCUGGCUAGACACACUGCUUUACUUUUACACUUGAUUAGUUCUGUAAGUUCACUAACUUUUCGAAUUUAAUCCACAGAUAGUGUAAAACAUUGGAAGCAACAUAUAUUUGGGAUCAUGUCAUUGUCAUCUCUGUAUGGCCAGCACCUAAUAAGUAAUCAAUAUAUGCUUGUUGAAUGAAUGAACCCUUUAGGUGUCAUUUAACCUUUCCUACCGUAGACAGUAUCUUACACUUAUUACCGAGUGAACAUAGGAGACUCUAGGGAGUCCUGUUCAUCUGUAACAACUUAAGUACACUCACCUUAUCAUUUUGAAUUAAAGCUUUGACAGGGGCUCUUGACUUGGUUUUCAAUGAAAGCAAAAGACUUCAUAAAAUGCUUUCCCAUUUGAUCUCCAUAUUUUCUUUAUCUGACCCAAUCUGACAGACACCUGUGAAUCUCUGUGAUUCACCUGUAUCUAAUGUCAGUUGAUUAGGGUAACCUCAGAAACUAACCAAGUUCAGCAGUCAAGUUCAGCCUUGAUUAUUAAUGAUUUUUUUUAACAUUAUAAAGAUUACAGUGAAUUUUGAUGCCACAAGUGUACCUUGUAAGCUUCCAUGGUGUUCAGAAGUUCUGCACAUUGAGUAUUAGACUUAAAUGGGUCCUCCACAAUAGUAUAUGGCAGAAGAGUUAUCACUCGUUGGGGAAAUGAGACACCUAUCUAUAUUCCUGAAUGAGUCAUGAUAACAGAAGUAGAAGGAGUUCUGCCUGACUCUAAAAAUCCAUUUGUAUUAGCUUGCAAUUGUAAUUAAAAGGAAAAGGCCACUUUGAAAAACAUUUUGGCAUCGAGUAAAAUAUAACUGCAUCAAGUAUAUCAUUGAACUAUAAAGUAGAGUUAAUGGCAAAGAAGCUGGAGUGAUUUUGAUAACAUGAUUUAAAAUAAAAGUCGUUGAGGUCAUUUUAUGACUUCAAUCGCUGUACUUAUCCUUAGUUAAGUUCAUGAAGGACUUCAUAAUAGUCUUAGAGUCCAAUGCAUUGCCCCCUCCCUCUAUCCUCCCCUCCCUCUUUGCAGAAGUUAAGUUUCACUUUUCUCACACAUAGAAUUCUCCUUCACAACAUUAUAAACUUGUAUUCCCUAUUCUAUUGUAUCAAAAUUAUACUAUAAUUUUUAACUUCACUUUGUACGUACUGCCAUCAGUGAGUUGUUUCAACAAUUAUAUUAUCUUAAUUUGAUGAAGUAAAAUUCAAACAUGCAACAUCAGUUGAUACCAGAAGGACCAGUUUGGGUAAAAGAAUGUGUGAAACAUAAGAAUGCACAAAGCCGAGAGUAUCAUGUGUGUGGUACCUUUGGCAAAAUGGUAUGGGAAAAGGAUUUAUUUCAUAGAUAAUUAUCAAUUAUAUGGAAAGUGUUCACUUUUUAUUGUAAUGAAUUAUUUUAUUCUUCCAAAAUGCUGAGUUGCCUUGGCUCAGCAUAUAAACAUGCUAGGAGGUGAAAGCCAUAGGUCCUUCCUGCCUUGUACUCUGCACUGGCCCACAAUAAUUAUUCCAGACAGAGUCCACUCCAUAAAAGAGAAAGCAAUGCAAAAAGGAAUUAGGGAAUCCAGAUAAUUCUAUUUUCCAGGACCAUCUAGAUAAGAAGGCAAAAAAGGGAGUUCCUUUCUUUGAAAUGCUACCAUUGCUUUCUGUUCUAAGGUUAGAUAUUACACGAGUGACAUCUAUGACCGUUGUUAUCUUAGAUAAAAGGGUGAGUUUAUAAUUUAGUUGAGGAAAUAGAUUUUUUUAAACACCAAACAACUAGCUCAAAAUCACAAGUCUCAUUUAGAAAAUCUAAUGUCUUUUUGAUCCUAUGUCAGCUUUCCGCAGUUGAAGUUGAGAAUGCAGUAUUGAUGCCAAAAGAACAGAAAUCACUGGAAAUUAUACAAUUACCAAAUAACCUCUACAUCUUGAAGAAAAUGACAUUUUAUCCCACAUGAGGUGUGAACUGGCCUCUCCUUCAAAGUAGGUUGAUUUCCAGCUUAGCUCAAAGCGAAUUGCAAUUAUACAAAACUUAAUUUAAAAAAAUAACUUGGAGAAUGCCCCAGGAGUAAAAUCCACUGUAGCAAUCAAAGGUGCAAUAAGAAAGAGAUGCAUAGAGGUGAGAAAGACAUCUGUCCAGCUGAGUGAAUUCCUGUAGUAGGCAACAUUUUGAGACUUAGUUGGACUCAAAACCACUAAUAAGUGCUUAUACACAAGAACGACUAGCAGCAAAUGCAUUAACAAAACUUUGUACUAUAAAGCAUAGUUAAAUGAAACUUAUCAGGAAAUAAGAAUGUACAUAUGUGUUUAUAUUUAAGCUCUUCUGCAGGGAAAUGGUAGAAAUUUCUUAACGAGAGUGUUGGGUUGGUGGCCCAUCCAUGCACCUUUUAAAAUUGCAUCGCAGAUUUUGGUGCUUCUUCCAAUGAUACAUUUGCUUUAACCUGCUAAUCAAAACUCAAACUCACCUUUUUCUUUUAGUGAAAUUAAUUUAUGCUAAUUUAUGUAGGGAAAAAAAUCCUUGAGAAGGAGGAGGGGGUUUAUACCACCCACAAGGAUAGUUCCAUUUUACUUAGUUGCCAGCAUCAUAGUCAAACAUCAGACUACAAUCAUAAUGAUAACUUAAAAAAUACCCAUGAAAUCAUAAUACACCAAAGAUUCUUUUAAUUAGAAACACGGGAAGGUUUUUAUCAAGCAGGAAGAAUGACAAAUAUAAAUUUCUCCAUUUUAUUUAUCACAAGUGGAAAUAAUUAGAUUAAAAUAUGUGUUCCUAAUGGAGUUUCUGGGUACAACUCAAUGAAGGAGUCAGGAGAAGAAUUCAAACCCCGAAUUGCUAAGGUAAUUUGUUAACGAUCUACUUUCUGUUUGUCUUAGAACAUGAGUGAAAACAAUGAAUAUUAAAAAAUAUAAUAUGCUUAAUUAUGCCUUCUGGCCUUCACAUACCUCUUAACUUAUCAAUAUCAAUAUAACAUAUGUUCCCCAUAAAAUGCCUUCUGUGUAAGGGCUAAGGACUCCAUAGCUACAUAGAAAGGCUUUUUCAGUCUGGCAUUCACUUACCAGCUUCAAAGGAGAACAGUUUCCAAGUCAUAAUAUAGGAAGAUAAAAUCACGGACAUGUAGAUAAGUGCCCAAUUUGAGCCUCAAACGCAAUAAUUAGUGCUCCUCACAUUCAGUAAUGAGUGGUUGAAAAGACACUGCAAGAAUUAUUUUUAGUGACUUUCUACACCUUGACUUUCAGUGUGGUCUUUUCACCAUCCAUCCCUGGGCUAGGGAUCCUCCCAUUAACUGCUGAUGGUUCUCUCCCCAGACUGAUACAGUCAGUGAUGUUCAUCCCAGCCAAUUAUGCCCAGUUAACGUCCAUUCCUCUUGGUCCAUGCCCCCAAAAUAUCCCACUCUCAUUUUUCAUCUCUUUAGGUGUCUAUCCCACAUAUAAAUUGGUCAAUAUAUUCUAUAGCUUUAAAAAUAUAAAUUUUAAUUCCCAGCAGCUUCCUUCCUUUCUUCCUUAUUUUUUCUUUUCUUUUUUUAUCUUGUUUCUAUUCCAGAAAACAUUCUUACCCUUUUUGGUAUCAAAUGCACACUUCCUGAUAGGGAUAGAGGUUCCCAUGGAUACAGAUUUCUGUAUAGAGAUAGAAUGAAUGGAAUGAAGGAAUGAGAUCUGAAAUUUUCCUGAUGAUAUUUACCAUUCUCCAGUGAAUUCUUUGCAGCAUUGCUAUCCUGUUUCAGUAUCAUUGUAAGUAAUUCUCUAGGUCAGCAAAAUACGCACCAGAAUACCAAGUUGAAUGAAAUCUGUACUUUGUUUUGUCAGCCUGUCUUUUGUCAAGACAGCCUGCCUAUUGCAUAUUCACCAUUUUUCUGUUGGGCUAGUCAGAAAUAUUUCCCUUUGACUUGGUCAGAAAGUUUAGGGUCAUCUAAUUAAAAUAUUGUGAAUGCAUAUUAUUUCAAAAAUCCUUUUACAUACACUGGGAAAAUUUCUGCAACCUGAGAAAUCUAUAUUUAUAUUUCAUUUUCAUUUAAAUAUCACAUAUCAGGAAAGAACACUUACAGGAAAAAAAACGCUGUAGCAUUUUUUGUCAUAAUUCUCUUUCCAUAUUGUUAUGAUAUCUUUAAUAUCAGUAUUUUGCAUGCUACUAUAACAAAAGCCAGGCUUAAUGACAGAAACAUCUACAUAUAAAGUUUUAAUGUUGAUGUCUUGGGUCUAUUAGGAAAGAAAAUAUAGAUGUUACUAAAACUAAAGAUGUCUUAAUCAAAGCUAUAACACUAUCCUAAAUAAUCUACAAGAGAGAAAAGAAGACAUUUAAAAUUUUAUAUACACUUGUUGCCAUUUUUAGCCAAUUCACAUGAACAAAACAAUUUUCUAUUAGAACAAAAGAAACAGUAGUUUACAACAGUCAUCAUUUUACAUGUGAACUUUUCCCCCUACCAGGAUAGAUAGGAUCUAUUCCUGAACACUUCAAAAGAAGAUAAUUAAUACUAUUUGAGAGAACCAUUUCCAAAUGGAACCCAACCUUGCCAGAAUCCUGUUUAUGGGCAAUAGAUAGUUUGUAGGGCUGACCUUUAUGUAGAUCCUAGGACAAGAUAUUUCAUGGCUGCAGGCUGGCUUAUGGCAUCCAAAAGUCCCCAUUGGCUUUAUGGGAACAAAUCACAAAGACUACCUUUCAACAUGAGUUUGACAAGAAAAGGCAAUAUAUACAGAGCAGUUCUAAAGGGAUGUGGGUAAGAAAGUGACAGAGAUGGCAGAGGAAGAAUAAGAAAAGUAGUUGCAGAAGCAGAUAACUUAUAGCCAUACAGAGGAAGAGGUUUUGGUUCUACACAGAUUGGGGAGCUUCCUCCUGAGGAAUAUUUUAAAGAUAGAAUAAGUGUACUUAUCUUUGGUGGUUUGGGUGAAGUCAUGUUGGAGGAAGGAGGAUGAGCUAUAUAAAUUUUGAGGAUGAUUUAAUGAUAUUGUUUGUAAGAUGAGAAAUGGAAAUUCUAGUUGCCGAUGGGUGAAAUUCUUCCCAAUAUCAGAGCUCAUCAGGAUAAUCACAUGUUAAUGUAUUUAACAAAUAUUUGUUGAGUAACAAUGAUCUCUCCCAGGCACUUCUCCAGGUUCUUGGAAUACAUGAGGUAAAAAAAACACAAA